UGAAGAAAUUGAAUUUGAUUAUAACUAAAAUAUAGAAAUGUGAUAGGACUGACUAAAAAGCAAGUAUGUCACAUAAAUUAAGGUGAGAUAGUCUAGUUUAAUUUGAACUCUAUAGAGUUAAAUAACUUACUGACUAUAUGAAAAAUUUAUAAUGUAAGUGACUCUUGCUCAAAUGGUUGAGCACCUCCACCGACCAACUAAUAGGUUGAGGGCUCGAGUCAGACUACACGGAAAGUUAUAUAGAUCAUACUGGAGGGUGGUGUGAAAAAAAAAAGAACUUUACAUUAUUAGUGCUUUAUUUGUUUUUUCCAUUAUUUGACGUCUGACUCUCGAUUCUUGGGUUGAGGCUAGUUUUGAUUGAAGUAUGUUUUUAACCGCAGUUGGAUAAAGCCUCCAUAAUUGGAGAUGCAAUACUAUACGUACAAGGGCUGCAAACGAAAGCCGAGAUAUUAAAAGUAGAAAUAGCAGAUUUUGAGUCAUCACACAAUAGAAUGAACAAUAAUCAAGGUGGAAUAUUCCAGAGUGCCAUGAAAACGAAUUUCACGGGCUAUUUUCCAACAAUCAAAAGGAUAACAAAGAUGGUGGUCAUUAAAGUAGAAGAAAAAGGAUUUUACGUGAGAUUAGUUUGCUACAAAGGGAGACAAGUUGCAGCUUCUCUUUUCAAAGCUCUUGAGUCUCUCACUGGAUUCAAUGUUCAAAGUUCCAACUUGGCUACAUCUAGCAAUGAUUAUGUUUUGACAUUCACUCUUAAUGCGAGAGAAUGUGAGAUGGACAGAAACUUUAGCAAUUUGAAGCUAUGGAUAGCAAUUGCUUUCUGGAAUCAUGGGUUUGAUUUCGAGACAUCUCCAUUGGUCUAGUGUCAAGUUAAUGUAACUUUUCAAACUUUCAAGGACAUCAAAGAAUGAGAAAUGUCAUUAAGUAUCUAUUGUCGUCUGUAAGUUUUAAUUAAUUAAAAUCACGUGUCCUACAAGGGCGCGUUCUCGUUCGCAUA